UGGCUUGUGACAGGGAGGGGGAGAAGGAAGGCCUGCGUAAAGGUGGCCUCCCCAUGCCUCCGCUCCCCGGGACCCUCGGAAAAAACCCAACACCCCGGCCCCGCGGCUAGCCCCUUCCCUCAGGCUCUCUCCGCUGGAUUUCGCCACCGUUAUGUGGGAAGCGAAUCCGCCAAUCAACACUAAAACAUGAAGGAAAAGUCCAGAAAAUAAUUACAAAGCAUUCCUUGGAGAGAGUUUCCAAACCUAGAAAAUAACAAGGCCCUUUCACUGCUCAGGAAAUGUUUCAUAAAGCAGAAGAAUUCUUACCCCAAACAACAGACAGCGAGAUGGCUGAGAUGGACACAUCAGAUACCCAGUGGGGCUGGUUUUACUUGGCGGAAUGUGGGAAGUGGCACAUGUUUCAGCCGGACACCAACAUUCAGUGUUCAGUUAGCAGUGAAGAUAUCGAAAAAAGCUUCAAAACAAACCCUUGUGGCUCCAUUUCUUUUACUACUUCCAAAUUCAGCUACAGGAUAGACUUUGCAGAAAUGAAGCAAAUGAAUCUCACCACUGGCAAACAGCGCUUAAUAAAAAGAGCCCCCUUUUCUAUCAGUGCUUUCAGUUACAUCUGUGAAAAUGAGGCCAUCCCGAUGCCCCCGCACUGGGAGAACGUGAAUACUGAAGUACCCUACCAGCUUAUUCCUUUGCACAAUCAAACACAUGAAUAUAAUGAAGUUGCUAGUCUCUUUGGGAAAACAAUGGAUCGCAACAGAAUUAAAAGAAUUCAGAGAAUUCAAAACCUAGACUUGUGGGAGUUCUUUUGCAGGAAAAAGGCCCAGCUCAAGAAAAAAAGAGGUGUGCCUCAGAUUAAUGAGCAAAUGCUCUUUCAUGGUACCAGCAGUGAGUUUGUGGAGGCCAUUUGCAUUCAUAACUUUGAUUGGAGAAUAAAUGGGAUACAUGGUGCUCUCUUUGGAAAAGGAACCUAUUUUGCUAGAGACGCUGCUUAUUCCAGUCGCUUCUGCAAAGAUGAUAUAAAGCAUGGAAACACAUUCCAAAUCCAUGGUGUAAGCCUGCAACAGCGGCAUCUGUUUAGAACACAUAAGUCUAUGUUUCUUGCUCGAGUGCUAAUUGGAGAUUACAUAAAUGGAGACUCCAAAUACAUGCGUCCUCCUUCCAAAGACGGGAGCUAUGUGAAUCUAUAUGACAGCUGUGUGGAUGACACCUGGAAUCCAAAGAUUUUUGUGGUGUUUGAUGCCAACCAAAUCUAUCCUGAAUACUUAAUUGACUUUCACUGAUCUCACUUCCAAAUCUCAGUGGUCAAAGAAGUUUUAUUCUUUUUCACAGGAAGAUUUGAUCUCCUGUCAUCUAGCCACUACCUGUUAAUUAUCUGAUCCUUUUGAACCAGAUAGGAGACAAGGUGGCCUCCAUAUGAAAAGACAUACUGACGUUAAGGUUGGUUUUUCCGUUGUUUUGUUUUGUCCGUUACAGUCUUUUUUGUUGACGAUUGGUGCCAUUGCCUUUUUAACACGUGGGGUGAAAGAUACUACUUAAAAUGGAAUCAGCCUAGUCUCAAUUACCACAAUCAUUCACGGUCCUUAAAAUUUACAUGUGUGUUAUCAGGAUAAAUUUCAUCAGUUCAAAUAGACGUAUCCAUCUAUCUGUUCAAAAAAUAAAAAUACAGUCCUAAACGUGUCCCUUCAAGGAGUUGGUCCUUGCUACACUGGAUUCUGAUGUGGAUUCAGCCCGUGGGAUCCAUGUGUUGCUCUGCUGGCCUUCUGACGGGGCUGUAGAGCCGGCCACGUGCUCACUGCCUGGGAGGAGCCAGGACCGCGGCAAGUCCUGGUAGCUCGGCCAGACAAGCAGCAGGGAAAGGCAAGGCAGGCUCCCUGCCUCCUGUGCCUGAGGACUUGGCUGCUCUUGGGCACUCUUGUCCUCUCUCUCCUACGUCUCCCUGACAAAUGCCGCCACCAGUACAGUUCAUUCGCUGGGCUCUAGAAUUCUUGUGCCAGGACUUGGUACACAAGGGGUUAUUGCAGCUUCAAAGUGAAGCUUUUAUUUAUUAUUGACAACUUGUAUUUUUCCUGUAUUUUGGAGUCCCUGCAAUGAUUACUCUUAAAUUCUUUUUAUCUGCUCUCCCACCAUACACACUACAAUUAGUGAUGACUUAUGAAAUUCACUUGUCUAACUUGUAUCUUCCCAUUUUGAGUCAUCAUAGAAAACAAAGGAUGCUCAGAACAAGUCUAGUUUGUUCUUUUGAGUAGCAGUUAACAAUCGGCUAACUUUCUUGAAAAGUUAAAUAUAAUUCAUAACCAUGUUUAAUGGAAAUUUGUUUAUAUGUUCCAUCUGUUUUAUUACCCUAGACUAAGGUGGAAUAACUAAUGUUACAACAGUUUCCUGUCUCUAAACAUAUUCUAGCCGUGGCCGAGAGCCACGAGGCCGAGAUGGUACUUAGGAGUCAGGUAUCGGGGGAUCUGGCCAUAGGAUUGUGAAACGUUUUCCAACCUUAAUAGUCCAUGAUUGUA